AAGAUUUUUAGUUAUCGUGGUGUCUCCCGCAGCCGCUCCCGCUUAUAAAAACCGCGGGAGGUUCUCUUUUAGGGCCUUCUCGUGCGACAAAGACGAGCCCUUCCUCUUACAAAUCGCGAUCUCGGCGCAAACCCUAGCUGCGGUUUUAUGGGUUUCACCUCCCGUUGUUGUUAGCCGCAACUAUUCACUGUGGGAGUAUCUUGGGUUUGUAUAGGUCGAGCUCUCUUUGUUUGUGAGCACAACAUGUUCGUUGAAAUUCCUCUUCGACUCCCUCUGUAUUACUUAAGGAGUUUCUUUCUCGUUCUACUGUACUGCUCGUUCUUCCUUUCUUUACUCUAUUCCUUACAAGCUCGUGUUUCCAAAUUUUUGUUCUUUUGGUUCGAAUUGUAGUAACUUAGAUUUCCGGUAGUAAGUUUGUUUGAUACUGCUUAGACUGCUGAUAAACUGUAAGUUAUAUCGUAAAAGUAGAAAAAGACGAUCCCUUUGAGAAGAACCAGGCAAAACCUCUUUCAUGGCGCUCGCUUUUGCUAGCUUGAGGAGGAAAACCUCAACUGUCUUCUACACCGCCCGAAUUCGAUACUAUUCACUUUCUGCCAAUCCUAAACCCUUCGAACAACCCACUUCGGAUGCCCGCUUCCUCCGUUACAGUUCUUCCGAACCAAAAUUCGUCGACCAUUCCCCCUUCCUCCGCUUUCCCGCAACCCAAAUCACCACCCUCCCCAACGGUAUCCGCGUGGCCACCCAACCAUACACAUCCCACACUCACGUGGCAUCUGUCGGUGUGUGGAUUGAUGCUGGCAGCCGGUUUGAAGAACCGGGCACCAAUGGCACUGCACAUUUCCUUGAACACAUGAUAUUCAAAGGCACUCGCCGUCGCACUGUGCAGUCACUCGAAGAGGAGAUUGAGAACAUGGGUGCCCGCCUCAAUGCAUAUACUUCUCGCGAGCAAACCACGUUUUUUGCUGAUGUCCAGUCGAAGGAUGUUCCGGCAGCCCUAGAUGUGCUUGCGGACAUUUUGCAGUAUUCCUGGUUUCCAGAGCAUGCACUUAAGAGGGAGCGGGGUGUCAUCCUUCGGGAGAUGGAGGAGGUGCAAGGACAGAUGGAGGAGGUGAUAUUUGAUCAUUUGCAUUUGGCUGCGUUCCGCGACCAUCCUCUGGGGAAUACGAUAUUAGGCCCUGAAGAAAACAUUCGAUCAAUUUCAAGAGUUGAUCUGGAGCAAUAUAUUUCUACUCAUUACACAGGACCUAGAAUGGUUGUUUCUGCUGCUGGUGCGGUCAACCAUGAUGAGAUUGUUGAUACAGUCAGUAGAAAGUUUACAAGAUUUUCUACAGAUCUGACCACUGCAGAUCAAUUAGUUGAUGCAAAUCCAGCUAUCUUCACGGGUACAGAGGUUCGAGUGGAGAACGAACAGAUGCCUCUUGUGCAUUUGGCAAUUGCUUUUGAGGGGGCAUCAUGGGUGGACCCUAACUCUAUUCCGCUAAUGGUAAUCCAAAGCUUGUUAGGAUCGUGGAACAAAAAUAUUGGUGUUGGUAACUGUUCAGGGUCUGACCUGGCUCGCCGAAUCAGCACCAAUAGCUUAGCUGAUAGUAUGAUGGCCUUCAAUACAAACUAUCGUGAUACAGGUUUAUUUGGCAUCUAUUCCACAGCCAUGCCUGAUCAAUUGCGUGAUUUGUCGCAUGUAAUAAUGGAAGAGCUUAGGAGACUAGCAUCCGAAGUAUCUGAAACGGAAGUAACUAGGGCACGCAAUCAGUUAAAAUCUGCUCUUCUGCUUCACAUUGAUGGAUCUACUGCAGUUGCUGAAAAUAAUGGCCGCCAGAUGCUGACAUAUGGGAGGAUUAUGCCAUUUAUAGAGCUUUUUGCUCGUAUUGAUGCUGUUGAUGCUGCUACAAUAAAGGAGACUGCCAAGCACUUCAUAGUUAACAAGGACAUCGCCAUUGCUGCAGUUGGACCGCUUCAGAACUUGCCAGACCAUAGUUGGUUUCGUUCGCAGACAUCAGCUUAAGGAACACAAAUUACAUGAAAAUUCCUUCUGAGCCUUGGAAAAAUGUUGUUGUACCUUUAAAUUUCAUUUGUAGUUACAUGCAAUAUUUAUUAUUUUUAAUUAGUUAUUUCAUAUCUUACUUCAAAGAUCAUGUGAUUAGAGAUCUUUUAUUAUUUUCAGUAAGCUUUCCAGAUGAAAAGUUUUUCUUAUUUCCUUCUUA